AUGGCGACUGCGACGCUCGACACGUCCGACCUUCCCCCCAUUCCCGACAAGCGACUUACAAGGCUGAUUCCCCGUACCAAGCGCCACCCCGUCCCACAGGACACGGCCGAGUCGAUUGUUGGUCUGAUCGUCAACGAGCCCGCGCCCGCCAACGCGACGCAGCAGCGCGAGACCGAGGCGCAAGUAUAUCAACUCCUCGAAGACAGCAAGCAGUCGUCCGCGUCGCUCCGCCAGCUUGCGGCUGCUGUCCUGCAACUGUCACGCGACAAGGACCGCAAUCUCGUUGCGAGCCGCUUGUACGCCAUGGCCUACCGGCGCGGUGACGACGACGCUGGCUAUUCGUGGGCGACCAUGGUUCUCGAAGGCAUGGUGCCGAACGAGGUCGACUCGACGACGAAGCAAGUUGACGAUGCCAUGCGCCUCUACGCCGACCUGGCGCGCAAAGGGCACGCACAGUCCCUCUUUGGCAUGGGCCGCUACCUGCUCGCCCAGGCCACGCGCGAGCCCGAGACGGCCGAGAAGCGCGUCCCCCGCGCGAUUGAGCUGUGGCAGCGUGCCGGCAAGAGCGGCAUGCCCGACGCUUGGUACGAGCUCGGCCGCAUGUACGAAGCCGGCGAGCUUGUGCCCCAAGACAAAGACAACGCGCUGACCUGCUUUGAGCACGGUGCGCGUGCCGGGAGCUCGCUGUCGUGCUAUGCGCUCGGCGUGUUGCACGCCGAGCGCGCCAACAAAGCGCACGAGAGCGGCGACGCGAAAGCCUCGCACUCUGCGAGCACGCUAGCCAACCGCUACUUUUUGCAGGCCGCGCAGAAAGGUCAUGCGCCCAGUGCGUACAACAUGGGCGUCCGCUACCUCCUCCGGGACGCGACCGAUGAUGCGUCGACGCCCGAGCAGCGGCGCAGUGCGCACCAGGCACAGUGGGGCAUUGUGCCGGACGAUCGCAGUGCGCGCGAAUGGUUCGGUGCUGCGUCCUCGAAAAAUUUCAUGCCUGCGAUGAUGAACUAUGGUGCGAUGCUCGUCGACGGGCGCGGCGCGACGACCAACGGCCCUACGGCCGACGAUCUCUUUGAGGCGAAGCGCGUCUACCGUCGCGUGCUUGUCCUGGGCCAAGUCGCGCAGCAGAACCCAAGCCUGCUGCCGGGCCGUGCCACGGGCGACACACCCGAGGUCAUGAAGCACAUGGUGCAACAAGCCGAGCACGCGCUGCAGCACAUCAACACGCUGCAGCCUACAUCGCCUGACGAACUCCCCCCGCACCGGUCCUAG